AUUUGUUGUGCAGUAGAAUUGUAAAACAAUUCUGACCCAUUCAAACAAACACGUUUCUCAAACCUAUUUCGAAUGCCGAGUGUGUUUUGGGUCAUCUGCUUUCGUUGCUUUGUUUUUCUGUCGAAUUGAUUCAAUUAGUUUGCGUAAAAUAGUUGCUCCUGAAAUCGGCUACAGACCGCGACAUCUGUAGAGUGUAGCCCAGAAAGCAAUAGUUAUAUUAAUAAGUUGGUCACGGAGGUUCAUUACAAAUAAGCUAUAAUUAAUUUGAGAAGCAUACUGUAACUGUAACGUUGCGUUGCUGCGUACCCUCCGAACACCCGGACAAGAUUGAGCCCGAAGGAGAAGCGACUUUCAAGAUGGGUGACCAAAAAACCCUCAUCAAAGGCAAUCCGUCACAAUAUGUGAAGCUCAACGUGGGAGGCUGCCUUCACUACACUACGAUCGGAACACUCUGCAAGCAGGACACGAUGCUCCGGGCAAUGUUUAGCGGACGGUUGGAAGUUCUGACUGAUUCGGAAGGAUGGAUUCUAAUCGAUCGUUGUGGGUCGCAUUUUGGCACAAUUCUUAAUUUUCUACGCGACGGAAGCGUUGCACUGCCGGGAACGGCGAAAGGAAUUGCGGAACUGUUGGCUGAAUCGAAGUACUAUUGCAUCGAAGAGCUGAUAGACGCCUGUGAAAAGCUGCUUGCGAAGAAAGAGCGGGAAUCGCGCGAAUCAGAACCGAUCUGUCGGGUUCCUCUGAUUACAUCGCAGAAGGAAGAACAAUACCUAAUCAGCACGGCCACGAAGCCAGUGGUGAAGCUGCUGAUCAACCGGCAUAAUAACAAGUAUUCGUACACGCACACGUCGGACGACAAUUUGCUAAAGAAUAUUGAGCUUUUCGACAAGCUUUCGCUGCGGUUCAGUGGACGCGUGUUCUUCAUUAAAGAUGUUAUCGGAUCAAGCGAAAUCUGCUGCUGGUCGUUCUAUGGUAACGGCAAAAAAGUGAUCGAAGUGUGUUGUACCUCGAUCGUGUAUGCCACCGACAAGAAGCACACAAAGGUUGAGUUUCCUGAAGCGCGUAUCUUUGAAGAAACGCUGAAUAUACUGCUGUACGAGAACAAAAACGCGCCGGACCAGGAGCUGAUGCAAGCAACAUCGCUGCGGGGUGCGGUGGGUGGUAUAAGCUCUUACACGAGCGACGAAGAAGAAGAAAGAACAGGAUUGGCGAGGCUACGCUCAAACAAGCAGAACAACCCCACAUGAUUGGCCUUCGCUCCGACGCUAGGAUUAAGGAAGAAGUUGUUGCCAAAGAGGAACUAGCGAGGAGAGCGGCAAGGCGGGAUCUUGCACACAGCACACUAAACCAGAUUCCAGUGUGUGCGAUUCCACCAUCUUCGGGUGGUUGAAUUAAUUUCACUAGACCAAUAAUAGGUAUGUCCACUCAACGCUAAUCACCAGGGAUAGUACAUUCAGAAUACUAAUCGGCGUCUUUGGAGUUAUUUUUGGUUUUAUUGCUAAACCACGUUUGCACUAUUUCAUUCUCUGCAUCACCGAAAAUAAUUAGUGGCAAGUUUCGUUUUAAAUGAACUGUGUUGCGUGAUCCGAAACGAAAUGAGUUUCAGUUCAAACUACAUAUUCUAGGCAAAAUCUUACAUGGGGCAAGAUAAUGUCUGGGGAAAACUACAAUCCAUUCGCAUGUAAUAUUGUACUAAAGUGUAAUAGCGAUCACCAAACGUUGUGACAAUUAUAGCAAAAUACCAAUAAAAACGGAUAAGUACAUUCAAA